AUGGCCCAGGACAGAGUGGUGACUGGCCCAGGACAGAGUGGUGACUGGCCCAGGACAGAGUGGCGAAUGGCCCAGGACAGAGUGAGGACUGGCCAAGGACAGAGUGGUGACUGGCCCAGGACAGAGCGAGGACUGGCCCAGGGCAGAAAGAGGACUGACCAAGGGCAGAGACAGAGCGAGGACUGGCCCAGGACAGAGUGGCGAAUGGCCCAGGACAGAGUGAGGACUGGCCCAGGACAGAGUGGUGACUGGCCCAGGACAGAGCGAGGACUGGCCCAGGACAGAGUGGUGACUGGCCCAGGACAGAGUGAGGACUGCUACAGGACAGAAUGUGGACUGGCCAAGGACAGAGUGAGGACUGCUACAGGACAGAGUGGUGAAUGGCCCAGGACAGAGCGAGGACUGGCCCAGGACAGAGACAGAGUGAGGACUGACCCAGGGCAGAGUGGUGACUGGCCCAGGACAGAGCGAGGGCUGGCCCAGGACAAAGUGAUGACUGAACCAGGACAGAGUGAGGACUGGCCUGGGACAGAGUGGUGA